AUGGCAUCUACCUGCCUGCAGUAUCUGUCCUUCGAUGCCUUUGAAGCCGGACCUUGCCUUUCUUUCGAUGAGCUGCGCCGGCGGCGAAAAACUCAUGUGCUUUUCGAUUACGCGGCAAAAGACCUCGGCAAGCAUAUGUUGGGGACUCUAUUCGUUGGAGAACGUGGAGUCGGCGUACAUGACUUCCCCGGCGACUUCCUGGGCAUACACUACGCAUCAUACCUAGGGCUUGCAGACGUCGUCUGCCGGUUGCUAGACCAGAAGAGAGAAGACCUGGACGUGGCGGACUCGUAUAGACGUACACCAUUAACAUGGGCAGCAGAGGAUGGGCAUGAGACUGUGGUAAAAGUAUUGCUGGACAGGAUGAGCGCGGUAUACUUGGAGGGCGAAGCCGACUGGACAUUAUUCUCGAACAGCGAUGCAAGAGACAUCCACGAGAGCGAGCUAGAUACCUACAUCUUUUGUAUGACGGGGUUCUCGCCAAACGCAACAAACAUGCUGAGCCGGACACCGUCCUCGUGGGCUGCCGAGGAAGGACUUUAGGACGUAGUCAUGGCUCGGCUGGAGAAGGGUGCCACAGUCACCACGGUGGAUCGAUUCGGAGACACGCCACUGUCUUUGGCAGCAGGGAGAGGUUUUUAAGCUGUAGUCAGUAUACUCUGUGAGUACGGUGCUACGCUGCCAACCUAGAUAGUUGGUUAUUAUGUCAUUGAAAAACGAGAAGAUGAUAAUUAGGGGCAUUGUGAUGACCUUAUCUGCAUAGUGUUAGCAGUCG